AUGGAUUUGUCUUGCAAUCCAGAACUUAGUUUGAAUGACGAAGAACUACAAAAUUUGACUUUAGUUGAAAUUGAAAAGAUUUUGCAAGCUAAUCAACGUACUUUAAAGGAUUAUCGUCCUAUUCCAUAUCCAAGUUGUUAUGUUUUGGAACAACUUGAUGAACAAAACAUCAUCUUUGGUAAAAUCAUCACUAUUGUCACCAAUCAAAAGGGGGUGUUUUUUUCCUGCAUGGCCAUGGAGGAACCGAAAAAACUUUUAUGUGGCAUGACUGUUGCAUCAAGUGGAAUUGCUGUAAUUUUGUUCCAAGGUGGGAGAACUGCACAUUCAAAGUUGAAAAUACCAGUUCCUACUUUAGACAACUCUCUAUGCAACAUCAAACCUAAGGAUGACCUUGCAGAAAUGUUAAGACAGACACAAUUGAUAAUUUGGGAUGAAGCACACAUGGCUCACAAACAUUGUUUUGAGGCUAUUGAUAGAUCACUUAGAGAUCUUAUGAGUAACCAUCCAAAUUCUUAUUCCAUUUUCAAUAGUAAGGUUAUUGUUUUUGGUGGUGAUUUUAGUACCUAUCUGAGUUUUUUGGAUAAUUAUCAAUCAUACGACUGUCUCAAAAUUCGAGCUAUUUUGGCUGCAACUAUUGAAACUGUUGAUAAGAUCAAUGAACAUGUUCUUGAAAGAACGCCAGGUGAUUCAAGAGACUACUAUAGAUCCAACUCAAUUGAUAGAUCCGAAAUACAUGACAUGGACAUCAUUGAAUUGCUUAGUCUAAAAUUUAUCAGCUCUCUAAGAACUUCAGGAUUACCAGGACAUCACAUUAAUUUGAAGAUUGGGACACCUAUACUGAUAAUAAGGAACCUUGAUCAACCAGAAGGUUUGUUUAGCGGUACACGUUUAAUUGUUACUAAUAUGGAUAACCAUGUAGUUAAAGCAAGGAUAAUGGGUGGUAAAGGUCAUGGAAACCUCAUUUAUAUACCACGUAUGGAUAUGUCUCCUUCACAAUCUCCACGGUCCUUUAAAUUAAAUCGAAGACAAUUCCCAAUUAUUGUGUCAUAUGCAAUGACAAUCAACAAAUCUCAAGGUCAAUCUCUUGAUUGGGCUGGAUUAUAUUUUCCUUGA